AGUUUUCCCACCUACAGUCCGCAGGCUGGAAUUGGGAGCUUGCUGCUUGCACUGGGGUCACUCUGCAGACAGCAGCUUCACGUUAGCUUUCAUCCUCCUCUGCAGUAUGGGGCCAGUGCCGCGCACUCUGGAACUGUUCUACGACGUUCUGUCCCCGUACUCCUGGCUGGGCUUUGAGGUCCUAUGCAGGUACCAACACCUCUGGAACAUCAAGCUGCAGCUGCGUCCUGCUUUCCUCGGUGGAAUCAUGAGAGACAGCGAAAACAAACCACUAGCUAUGGUUCCCCGAAAAAGCCAAUACAUAAACAAAGAGAUGCCUCUCCUGGGGCAACACUUCCAGGUUCCCAUCAACAUACCCAAGGACUUCUUCGGUGUGGUUGUUAAGAAAGGAAGUCUCAAUGCCAUGCGCUUCCUCACCGCUGUGAGCAUGGAGCAACCAGAGGUGCUGGAGAAGGUGUCCAGAGAGCUGUGGAUGCGUAUUUGGUCUCGAGAUGAAGACAUCACAGAGUCCCAAAGCAUCCUGGAUGCUGCAGAGAAGGCAGGAAUGUCCACAGAGCAAGCCCAAUGCUUUCUGGAGAAAAUCUCCACAGCACAGGUGAAGAACAAGCUCAAGGAGACCACUGAUGCAGCCUGCAGUUAUGGGGCCUUUGGUCUGCCCACCACUGUUGCCCACGUAGAUGGUAAAACCUACAUGUUAUUUGGUUCUGACCGCAUGGAGUUGCUAGCUUACCUGCUGGGUGGAUGGAUAUCCGGACUGCCAGCAUCAUGUGUUGAAUAGGCUAUCGUUUGCCCACUGCAUGUUUUUUCCACCUUGUCAAAAAUUAGAUUAUCAUAGGAUUCCUGGUUUAGAAUUCUUUUUUACUUUUUUGGUGUUUAAACAUCUAACAGCAAUGGGAUGCUUCGAUAACAUUGGUUCAUUCAGGAAAUAGUGCAUCACGCAUCAAAAAUUGUGUGUAUGGAGAAUUUUUAAGAACACUAGACAUUCUUAGGCUAUAAUAUUGAUUGGGGAAUUAUUAAACUAUAUAUAAUCCGACUUCAACAUGUCAUCAUAAGCAUACUGCAGCAAAGGCAUUGAGAUAUUAAUGUAUUAAUUAUGGAUAGUGUACUAGGUGACGGUUGAAUGGGGAGAAGGUGGACUCUUCUCACCAGGCGAGAACUGGAAGGACAACCCCUUCUACAAGGACCUGUGUCUUUGUUAGGUUUCCUCUGGCUGUGAUAAAAUACCCAACAAAAGCCACUUGUGGAAAGACAAAUUUUUUUUUUUUUUUGGUUUACCAUCUGAGGUGAUGUCCAACAUGUAGAAGACAGAGCAGCAGGAGCCAUUUGUAGUAAGGAAGAAGAGAUACAUAAAUACUCAACACUCAGAUUAGUUUUCCCUUUUGAGAAAAUACAGGAUCCCAGCCAAGAAAAUUGUGCUGCUCUCAUGACCUGAAGACCCGAGGUCUUACCGCUUGACGUUCCUACCACAUAGUUAUAGCAUCGUUACAGCAAAAACCUCAGAACCGAGAGCAUUAACCGGUGGCCCCAAGGGGGACAUUCCAUCUAAACUUAGCAUUUUCCAGGCAAGGGGGAGAUAUGCUCUUUCUACUGAGAUAGCUUUGUGAUAAUUUCCUUGUGAGUACAAAUGAGAGGUAAAAUGUUUUAUGUGCUUCUCAGCUAAAAAAAAAAUACUUCUCAAAAUAAUUUAAUUAAAUGAGAUUUAAAAUAUAUACAUUUAAUUGCAGAAAAUACUAUCCCAGUUUACUAUCACCUAUUGGAAAACUAAAAUCCCCCAACAAUCAGUGCAGCAGUGAGAAACCUAGUCCUACUAACACUGUCUCAAGAAUUACAUUAAAAUUUCCUCUGUUUGGGGGCUGGAGAGAUGGCUCAGUGGUUAAGAGCAUUGUCUGCUCUUCCAAAGGUCCUGAGUUCAAUUCCCAGCAACCACAUGGGAGCUCACAAUC